CUUUUACUUCUAACAAGCCUUUCCACCCCUAAGUCAAAAACCCUUUCCAUUUUGUUGAUGUCAUCCGGAUUUAUGAUCGCAUCUGUGUUAACGUUCUAUGAACAUUCAGUGAUGACACUCGCAUCAAGGUCUCGCUUCAUAUUUCUGAUCAUUUCCUCCCUGCUAGCGCUGAUUUCGACGGCGAUCAUCGCCAGCUGUUUAUUCUCAGUUAGUUUUCGUUAUAUAACCGACCAUGAGAACCUAAAGGGAACGCGCUACUAUGGUUUGAUACGGUACUGUUUCGAGUCCGAAUAUCAGACAUUCGGCACAGGUGAGUGCCGUUUUUCUUCUGCUGAAGAUCGAUUUUUUGCAGAGUUCGAACUGGCCACAUUGAUAUUGCUGUCUUCGGCGAUAGCAAGCAGUCUACUGUCUAUAUGUUUUGCAAUCUUCACAAUCUUCACAGUAUUCGGAGCACUGGCUCACUGCGUAAUGCUACUUACAGCUACAAUUUGCUCGAUCUCUGCGUUCGUUGUUUACACGUACUUUAACGAACUCAAAGACAAUCAAAACGAGACCUACCAUUUCGGCUGGGCUUAUUACUGGAGUGGUGGAUCAUCCGCUGGCCUUUUCGUUGCAUUUAUUUGCAGUCUAUUCGCUUCUGCUUGUGUACUGCUGCAUAAGCAACAGAAGAACAGGAUUGACUCUAUCGUCCUGUAA